CACUCCCUCCUCCGCUCUGUCAGCCCAGCUUCAAAUUUACACUCGCUCUCACAGACCGUUCUCCUCACAACGUUUUUUUCACCAGUGUUUUCUGGCGUUUUUAAACCGACAGCCACAGCGGUUUUUAAAAAAUUGUGCUUCGGUUCUGUGUCGCUACGGGGGCACGCGUCGUGUGUUCCUUCAUUUUAGUUUGACAGCAGCUCGGCGGUUGAAAUGUCCUGCUGAGGACCGAAGAUCCCAGACAAACCACAGGGCCUGUUUUUCUAAUGAUUGAUCAAUGCUUCCACAAUGGCGCUAAAGGCACAGGUUUUAUAUGAUUUCACCGCUGAACCUGGAAAUAAUGAGCUGACAGUAAGAGAAGGAGAGACGAUCACUGUCACCAACAAGAAUAUUGGCGGAGGCUGGAUCGAAGCACAGAACUCCAGAGGGGAGGUGGGACUUGUACCAGAGGACUACAUUGAGUUCAGUAAGUCGGCAUCAUCAUUCCCACCGGCAGCGACCACAGCACCUACUCCGAGUGUUGGAAAUGUUGCAUCUCAAGACCUUGCGUUCUUCGAUGCUUAUGCUCCAGCAUCAACCCCUGCUCAAAAUCAGGUGGACACUGGGGGCUUAAAUCCCCUGCCUGAUACCCCAGAAACCCCAGUUAUUCCCUAUCUUUCAUCCACUAAUGAGGCUAGCAAUGGUAAUGACCCGUGGUCGGCGUGGAACACAGACCCCUCGGGCGGCUCCAACAACAACUGGGCCUCCAAUCCAGAGGGCACCCAGACUGGGAGAACAGCCUCUGACCCCUGGGCCUCUGUGUCACAGGGUCACCCUCAGGCCUACCAGGGCCCAGGAGCAGAAGAUGACGAGUGGGACGACGAGUGGGACGACGUGAAGUCCAACGCAGGUUAUGCUGACUCAGAAGCAGGUGACAGCGGGGCGAUGCAGAGAGGUGGAGCCCACGCUACAUCAAUGAAAAUCUCCCUCAACAAGUUUCCUGGUUUCUCCAAGUCUGGCCCGGAGCUUUACCUCCUGUGUAAACAGCUCACUAAGAGCAAGGACAGGUUACCAGUUUAUAUGGGGGAGGUGGGAGCAGUCUGGUUUUACCCAGAAACCCAGCUCGACUGUGUGGUGGCAGAUCCCAAGAAAGGCUCUAAGAUGUAUGGCCUCAAGAGCUACAUCGAGUACCAAAUCACACCAAAUACCACAAACAGACCAGUCAAUCACAGAUACAAGCACUUUGAUUGGCUGUACGAGCGGCUCCUUGACAAGUAUGGGUCAGCCAUCCCCAUCCCUUCAUUACCAGACAAACAGGUGACAGGUCGUUUUGAGGAGGAGUUUAUUAAAAUGCGGAUGGAGCGGUUGCAGGGCUGGAUGACCAGGAUGUGCAGGCACCCCGUUAUUUCCAACAGUGAAGUUUUCCAGCUUUUCCUCACAUAUAAGGACGAGAAGGACUGGAAAAUGGGGAAGAGAAAAGCAGAAAAAGACGAGACUGUUGGAGUGAUGAUAUUCUCCACGAUAGAGCCUGAAGCUCCGGAUAUGGAUGUUAUUGAAGUGGAGCAGAAAUGUGAGCAGUUCAGUCGUUUCACUAAAGCCAUGGACGACGGCGUGAAGGAAAUCCUGACAGUGGGACAUGAGCACUGGAAGAGAUGCACAGGACCUUUACCCAAAGAGUACCAGAGAAUUGGAAAAGCUUUUCAAAACCUCUCCUCUGUCUUCACCAGCAGUGGAUACCAAGGUGAGUCCACGCUGACGGAUGCCAUGACCGCAGCGGGGAAGACGUACGAGGAGAUUGCACAGUUGGUUGCAGAGCAGCCAAAGAAGGAUCUUCACAGCCUGAUGGAGACUAACAACGAGUAUAAAGGUCUUCUUGGCUGCUUUCCAGACACCAUUGGAGUCCACAAGGCAGCCAUAGACAAAGUGAAGGAGGGUGACAAGCUGGUGGCCACCAGUAAAAUCACCCCGCAGGAGAAGGUGACCAUGGCCAAACGAGUCAGCACCAUGUCUUACUCUUUACAAGCGGAGAUGAACCAUUUCCACAGCAACCGUAUCUAUGACUACAACAGGGUCAUGCAGUUGUACCUGGAGGAACAAGCAAAGUUUUACGAGACGAUUGCUGCAAAGCUGAGGCAGGCCCACAGUCAGUUCACGACCAUGUGAAAAGAUGUCGCACUACAAAAAAAAGCUCAUCCUUCAUCAAACAUAUUGGCUCACAGUUCCGUGAUUAUCUCCUCCCUCUAAUUUAAAUGUCACUUCAGUCUUUGCUUGGCUUUUACCUCACUUGUCUUUACAGACACGGCUUAUGACAGUUACAUUUGUCCACUACGGUGAGGAGUUCCAAAAAAUGUUUUUGAGCAUGUGCAGCCAGAAAAGACUUUGGCACUGGUAUGUUUGUUAAUGUUUGUGUGUGUGUGAGAAAGUGAGUUGGCAUAGAGAGCAGAAAAACAUACACUGUUUACACACAUCCUGUCCUCUGUACAUGGUCUGUCCAGUUUGUAAGAGAAGGACAUUUGAGUUCCAGUUAUCAUUUGGAGAUUUUCUCAUUAUGACUCUAACUAUGAUGUAAUUUAGCUUUUUUUUUUAACGCUAAUUGUUGCUAAAUAUACGUUUUUUGCAUCUUUGUUUCAUGUUAGAAUAAAAUAAAUGUUAAUCUUUUAGCAAAUUAUUAUCUGCAUUUAUGCACUAAAAACCAAAGCAGUUCUCUCUUCUGCCUCUGGGGAGGAUUUUUAAACGUAAGCUCAUGUGAUCAGAGCAGAACUUUUUUCAAUAUAUGCGAGUUGGCCCAUGGCUUUUCUAUCAUCACGAGAAAUAGCAAUAGAAUUAACUGUAAGAGAUAUGUGGCUGUGUGUGUUGUUGUGUGGAGUGCCUGCAAAACCAAGUCUUCUUCAUCCUGCACUUCCCCAAAAGCUAACAGGAAGCUCCACCUCCUUCCCGUCUCUCCUAUGUGCCUUAAACCCUAGAUGAAGAUGACAAAAGAGCUUGUGAAGUAACUUCAACCCCCCUCUCUUUCCUUCCCUGGCCUGUGCACAGCCACUCUGCCGUUUACAUGUCAGCACAGAAGACGACAUGUGGAUUUCAAUGACGGCUUCAUUAUUUUUUGCAUUGUACAUUUAAGCCAAAUGUCAGACACGCCCUUCUCUGAAGAAUAUUCUUCCUGUCAUGGAUUAUUUUCUCGUGUAUUUUCACUGCCCGGCUUUCAGUCACUCGCUAAUCUCAGCUCACUUAUGGUUUUGUUUUCCUAUUAUAUAAUAUAUAUACAAGACACAUAAUAUUGUAUCAGACCUAUAAAGUGCUUCUUGUCACUGAGAUACUAUUUUAUGUAUAGAAGUAUUUUCAAUACAGUGCAACUCGGAGAGGAGCAAUAAUUGUUUUUUUGAUUUAUUAAACAAUGAUUUGUACUCAUUGAGA